AUGGACAAGCAAAAUGAGAUAGACCUGCCGAUCUUUGAUCAGGUCAAUCGUGAGAUUGUAACUCACGAUCAAGACCAGACAUUCUGGUGGGAUUUGAUGGGUCGAUCGCUCGCUACACAGCUCAAAGCGAAUCAAUAUGGAAACGAGGAACAGCUAUACUAUCUACGCUGGUUCAAAAAGUGGAUUCCAUACUCAUUUGGACCACAGCCAGUGGACGGCAAUGCCUACUAUGACUCAACCUUCACCCCUGAUGGUUCACCAAUCGAGUACAGCCUGAACUGGAAAGAGAAAAAGGCCCGCCAGACCGUCCGACUCGCCAUUGAACCAUGCUCGCGGGAAGCCGGUACCGCCGCUGAUCCCCUCAACCAGCUCGCGUCCAAGAGCCUACUGGAAGCCAUGGCAAAAGACGUAACCAAUAUAGACAUGGUUCGGUUCAACAACAUUCUAGCAGAAACCAACGUGCCAGACGAGGACGCAGAGCGUAUUCUGUCAAAGCUCCCGCCAAGCGAACCGCAGGUUCUCUUGUUGAUUGCAUACGACUUGGAGCAGGGGGAAAUCUUGCCAAAAGCCUAUUUCAACCCACUGCUCAGAGCGAUUCACAGCGGCACGUCUACAAAAAAGGUUGUUUUUGACGCCGUACGCAAAUGCAACGGCCCACACGGCUCUUACGACGCGUCCCUUGCAACCCUUGAUGAUUAUCUGGACUCCCGGGAUGCCGUCGACGGGCCGCACGUCUUCUUACUGGGCCAUGAUUGCAUUGUGGACUCGCCUGCCUCCAGAAUGAAAAUUUACGUCUUUACGCAUGUGACCACUCUUGCUACGGCCUUGGACGCAUUCCAUCUUGGGGGCAGAAUUUCUGGAUCGACCAUCGAGGGAGGUCUUGAAGCAGUACGCUCGUUUUGGUGCCAUCGAUUUUCUCUGAAUGGCUCAGAUUCCGACGUCGAAAAUAGGGAGAUGCUGCCGCCAGGGAGUAGAUGUCUGUUUGUUUAUGAGAUGAGACCGACGCAGCCUGGUCAGAAGGAGCCGGAGAUUGAGGUGAAAAUGCAUAUGCCAGGCACGUGGCUGGGUGAAACAGACGCCGAGGUCUGCCAGGUCAUGUCAAGCUGGUUCCAAAAACAUAAUCACCCCGACUUGGCGGCUCGCUAUCAGACUGACAUGGCUUCAGCAUACCCUGAGAUUGACCUGAACACGCCGGGCGAGUUAUGCCACACUUGGGUUUCUCUCACGUGGACGCAGAAAACUGGUCUUUACAUGACCAUGUAUUACACUCCAAAGAUUACGCAGUUCUACUGA